GGGUCGCAGUGCGGUCAUUUGGGACCGGAUUGGGCCCUAAGGAACCGGGAUUCGUCGCGUUGUUUGGAUUUAAAAGAAUACUAAAAGGAACGGCGCUGGCUGGGGCGAGCGGCGGCCGAACCACUUCCACUGCCGCAAGCGAUAGGGCUCGGGGAUCGGAUUUCGGAUCGGGCGAAUCUCUUGUGUAUUGUUAUUGUCAUCUUGCCAUCGGUUAUUGUGUUAUACAGUCAGUUUAGUUGGUUAGUUUUGGAAGCGCUGAAAUUGGGAAGAUCUUAGCGGGAUUAAGAUUAUAAAAUGUCAGGCCGGAAGGAAACUGUUUUGGAUUUAGCAAAGUUUGUUGACAAGGGUGUCCAAGUCAAGCUAACUGGUGGAAGGCAAGUUACAGGGACUCUGAAAGGAUAUGAUCAGCUUCUAAAUCUAGUGCUGGAUGAAGCAGUUGAGUUUCUAAGAGAUCCUGAUGAUCCCCUGAAGACUACAGAUCAGACCAGGCGUCUUGGCCUAAUAGUUUGUAGGGGAACUGCAGUGAUGCUCGUAUCACCUACGGAUGGAACAGAUGAGAUUGCCAAUCCCUUUAUGCAGCCAGAUGGAGCCUAACCUGAUCUUUUUUUUGCCUUUUUUCGAUUAGCAUUGUAAUUUUGAUGUAAAAUCAGUCUACAUUAUUUUGAUAUUGUUUUUGCUCCCUCUGGAAGGGGGAACUGAGAAAUUUUUAUUAACUACGCAAACAUGUUCCUAUUUAUCUUUGAGUUGAAUUAUUAGCAGCAAUUCUUGCUUAGAGAAAAUGUUCCAGUAUCAGUCCUAUUCUUGGGAAUAUUGAAAAAAAAAUAUCCACUUUGUUUUCAUA